AUGUCUUCUCAUAUUGGUAGAGCCUAUUUGAAUACCUGUUUAAAAGUACCUAUAGAUCCUUGCAACAAUUGUCCGGCACCCAACUACAGCAGACCCAAAUUAUAUUUGGGACGUACAACAGCAACACCAAAUACUUGUUCAAAUGCUGAGGAUAUGGGGAAACACUGUAGUUCGGUGGACAGAGGUGCUAAAUGGUCUUGUGGUGGUAUUAGAUCCUUGGCGAAAUUGUAUGAUAGUAUACCAGAUUACAGAGAUUUGCAUCAUUUGAGUGGAGAGGAAUUUUAUUCCACUUUGGAUACUUUAAGAUCAACUUGUCGUGAAUUAAAAGUAAAAACCAGUUGCUUAAGUUCAGAAGAUCGCUGCAGUACCACCACUACCUCAACUUCUUUAACGUCUAAUAGUCAAUUGGGUGGAAGUCGCAGUAAAAAGUGCAAAAAAACUAAAAAGAAGAAAAAAUCGAAUAUUAAACAUAAUACUAUAAAAUGUGAGCAAGUGCAGGAAUCCGAUUUUGUACAAGAUUUUUUAAACAAGCAAGAGACUUGUCUAGAGUCGAUGGCAACAAAACCGCGCCAAAAUUCAAAGUAAAAUUUAUAAAAUUAAAUUCCUUCUAUUUUAUUAACUUAGUUUUUUGUUUUCAGCUCUAAACUGGAUUUAGAGCAAGAAGUAGAAUGUUUUAAAAACUCCUUAAAGGAAUUUGAGGCGGAAUUUAAACGUCCCUUGAGUUCUUUAAAUCGCAAUGAAUCCCGCUCUUUUACAAAAAGAUCUUCCAAAGAUUUAUUUAGUAAACCGCAAGAGGAUAAUAAGAAAAUUUCGGAAAAAGUACCUGUACGUUCCAAUUUUACCUCCCAAUUACGUGAACGUUUACGUAAAUCGUUGUCAUUUAAUGAUUUACACUCGCUAACCGAACCCGCGGAACUUAUAGAAUUGAGAAAGAAAAAUAAAACUUUGGAACAUUUGUCAUUUAAAGGAGAUACUACUGGUUUACAAGAUCCCUCAAAUUUAAGUAAUUACUUUGCGGAGAAGUCGAAAUCAGAGACUACGGGAAUACCUAAAAUUAUUGUAGAUUCACCAAACUCCUCCGAUCAGUCUAGUGAUCGUUUGCAAGGAAAAAAGAAAUCCAAACAAAAAUCUAAUAAAAAAGAGGAAUACAAAAUGCCUUUUUCAAUAUUCGAAUUGGAGGAUUCGAAAAAAGAGGGUUCUAUUAAGCAUUCUACACCCUCGCCGGUGCAUCCUGUAGCCCGUCCCAACUUGGCUGCCACUUUAAGGGUGGAAAGUUCUAAGAAAAAAGUUAAAGAACUUAAAAAUAAUUGUACCUACCACGACACUACACCACAAUUCGAUUGGGAAGUUAGAAAAACCCCAGCCUGGAAAACGUUAUCCUUCAAUGAAACACACAAGGAGAUACUGCAACUACGUUUGGCAACACGUAAAGCCGAACAAGCACUCCAGCAACGUGAAUAUGAACUCAACAUGGAGUUGAUGCGUCAACGCGUCAAAUCUGCACCCCUACUGCUGGAGGGACCCACCUAUUGGGGUCCUCAUGUGGGUAAACUUUCGCAUGCUUGUCAAAAAGAGGGACGACGUCACAUGUGUCAAUCGAAUCAACAGCGUAGUAGACGUAAAAAGCAUACAUCACGUAGUCUUAGCUGUAGACGCAGCGGCAUUCUAACAUCGUCAUUAGCUAUGGAAGAAGACAAUUUUGAUACCGCCUAUAGAGUACAAACGGAGUCACGAGCUAGCAUGUCGCAAAAAUUGAAUAGUUUACGUAAAAUUUAUGGUGGCGAUGGUGCAAAAUCUCAAUCCCGCAAUUCAAAUCACAGUACAAAUACUCAACAAUCGUUAAAAUCUCAAAAGAAAAGAAAUUCCAGUCGUAUGCAAAGACAUGAGGAGAGAUCGUGCAAAAGUGAUGGAAAUUUUGGGAAAGCUGAAUUAGACAGUGGCGAUGAGUUGUCCAGUUUGGAUAGAGCUUUUUUGUAG